UAACAGGGUGCUUAAUCAUCGAUAAGAAACCUUCGAUAUAAAAUCCAGCUCAGCACGUAAUAACAAUGGGCCGAGCCUUAUCAGAGGCGAGAAGACGAAACCAGGGAUGAGGAAUCUCUGGCAAAAAAGAAUUGAGAAGAUGUUAGCCUGUAUUCUAUUGGCCCUAAUUGGAAUAAAAGGCGUUUCAGCUACUGGACAAUGUGAUCUGGAUCCAUGUCAAAACGGAGCUACCUGCGUAGAUAACGGAUCAAGCUAUACCUGUACAUGCGCUGGCGGGUGGACUGGGCAGCACUGUGAACUCAGCAUAGACGACUGCGCACCGAGUCCAUGCCGAAACAAUGGAACCUGCACAGACAUGCACAACGCUUACAGAUGCCAAUGUACACAAGGGUUCGUGGGGAAAAAUUGUCAGAUAAAUAUCAAUGACUGUAUUCCUGACCCGUGUCAAAAUGGUGGUUGGUGUUGCUGUGAUCUUGUGAACGACUGGAUCUGCCAGUGCCCCAAAGGUUGGACAGGAAAAAACUGCACAGAAGACGUUGACGAGUGUGCGCCACAACCUUGCAAAAACGGCGCCACUUGCAACAACUUGUUUAACAAUUACACGUGCACCUGUGCGGCAGGAUACACUGGCAUCAACUGCACAGAGAACAUAGAUGACUGCAACGGAGUAGUUUGUCAAAAUGGAGGCAACUGUGUUGAUGGCGUGAACGGAUACAAGUGCUCUUGUGCGCCUGGAUAUACUGGCAGCAAUUGUGAAACAGAUAUCAACGAGUGUGCGGUGAACUCUUGUCAAAAUGGUGGCAAUUGUACCGAUCUCGUUAACGGAUUCAGCUGCACUUGUGCGCCAGGAUAUACAGGCCACAGGUGUGAGACAGACAUUGAUGAUUGUGCAUCAGCGCCUUGCCGUAAUGGCGGCACCUGCACCGAUCAAGUCAAUGGAUAUAGAUGCCAAUGUGCCCUGGGAUUUGUAGGCUCAUAUUGCCAAAUAAAUGUUAAUGAUUGUAUUCCUGACCCAUGCCAAAAUGGCGGGUUCUGCUGCUGUGAUCUGGUUAAUGACUGGAUCUGUUUGUGUCCUGGUGGUUGGGGCGGCAAAAACUGCACUGAAAACAUUAAUGACUGUGAUCCAAACCCUUGUGGGAAUGGUGGAACCUGUACUGAUCAGCUGAAUGCCUACCUAUGCACCUGUCCACCAGGAUAUACCGGAUCCAAAUGUGAAAUAGAUAUCAAUGAAUGUGCUUCAUUUCCAUGUCAAAAUGGUGGUUCAUGUACUGACCAAGUCAAUGGAUACACUUGCUCAUGCGCUGCUGGUUACAGUGGUGUCAACUGUGAGAUAAAUGCCGAUGAUUGCCAGUCUAUGCCAUGUUUGAAUGGAGGUUCAUGUAAAGAUAAAGUGGAUGCCUAUGAGUGCACCUGUCCAUUGGGAUAUACUGGACUUCGAUGUGAAACAGACAUUAAUGAUUGUCAACCCAAUCCAUGUCUCAACGGAGGAAGCUGUACAGACAGAGUCAAUGGAUACACAUGUGCAUGUGCACCAGGAUACACUGGAAACAACUGUGAAAAAGAUAUUGAUGAUUGUGCAUCAACACCGUGCAUGAAUGGAGCUACUUGCCUCGAUGGGGUAAACAGCUACACUUGUAUCUGCGUGACCGGGUGGACAGGAGACCAGUGCACCAUUAAUCCUGAUAACUGCCAGUCUGCACCCUGCCAGAAUAAUGGGACCUGUACAGAUCAGGUCAAUGGCUAUCUCUGUGAUUGUACUCCUGGAUGGUACGGCAAAGCAUGUGAACACGACGUCGACGAAUGUAGCUCCAAUCCAUGUGUCAAUGGCGGUACAUGUAAUGAUGAAGCUGGUGGCUACACUUGCACUUGCGCUGCAGGAUACACUGGCCUCCAUUGUGAAACUGAUAUUGAUGAAUGCAGAACCAAUCCGUGUUUGAACGGAGCCACAUGCACAGACAAGGUGAAUAGUUACACCUGCACUUGUGCACCAGGAUACGCCGGAGUACAUUGCGAAAAGGAUGAAGAUGAUUGUGCGUCUAAGCCGUGCCUUAACGGAGGAACAUGCACCGACCUCCUCGCUGACUUUGAGUGCGCUUGUGUGCUUGGGUUUAUCGGCAAAACUUGUAACGACCCUGUUGUCGAGUUUUCCAUCACCUCGAUAAAUGUCGUCGAGAAUGCCGGUGUGGCGUCACUGACCAUUAAAAGAAUUGGAGACUAUAGCGUAGCACACACUGUGACUGUGACUUCAUCUGAUGGUACCGCAGUAUCUCCUGCAGACUACAUCUCAUUUGUCACACAAGUCACCUUCGAGGUUGGUGCGACGGAGCGCGUUCUCUACGUGACUAUCAAUGACGACGGUGUUAUCGAGGACACCGAAUCCUUCACGGCGACUCUGAGUACCACCGAUAGUUCUCUUACCCUCAGGCAGAAUGUGGCAACAGUCAACAUCAUUGAUAAUGAUGCAAAAAUCAGCAUAAAUGACGUUGAGGUGGUAGAGAGCCACCUGAUUGCAAAUCUUGUCGUCACGAGAAUGGGAGACACUAGUGCUGCACACAACUUCAGCAUUGAAGUAAGCGAUGGAACUGCCAUUGUCAGCACUGACUACAAAAUGCCAGCAAGCCUGGUGUACACUUUACAGGCCGGCGAGACUUCUAAGAUUGUUAGCAUUCCUAUCGUCAAUGAUAAAGUGGUGGAGAACACCGAGACGUUCACUGUCCAGCUGUCGAGCCCUGACCCACGUGUCACUGUAGAUCCUGACACAGCAACAGUCACCGUACUUGACGACGAUGCUGUUAUUUGGUUCGACCAGUCAUCCGUUACAGUAAAUGAGAAUGAUGGCUCCGCUGGUAUCCUCAUCAAGCGACGCGGGAAUAUCAAGCCUGAACACACCAUCACAUUCUCGACUAAAGACGGCUCGGCGUUCGAGCCUCUUGACUACAUGGAGACGGUGGUACACGUAGUGUUUGCUGCAGGAGAGACGGACAAACUUGCUAAUGUGAUCUUGAAUGAUGAUAAUGUUGUGGAGCCUCAGGAAUACUUCCAAGUCCUGAUGACCUUACCGUCAGAAUUACAAUCUAGCGUGACACUUGAGAAUACCCCUGUCAAGGUCAUCAUCAACGACAACGACGCGUUGAUCGGCUUCAGGGAUAGACAAGUCACUAUUUAUGAAAAUGCAGGGAAAGCGACUCUGACGAUUGUUAGGAGCGGAGACGUGUCCGUGGAGCACACCUUCCGUCUGCGCCCUGAAGACGCUUCCGCCAUAGCUGGUGAAGACUACAAUGUUCCGUCCCCCCUGAAUCUCACCUUCUUGGGUGGCCAAACCGCCGUGUCUGUCGACUUCCCCAUCAUUGACGAUAAACUGAAAGAGAAUUUGGAAUCUUUUAAAGUGCUUCUCCUGAGUGAUGAGCCCACGGUCAUGGUAAAUCCUGCUACAGCGGUGGUCUCUAUUCGGGAUAACGACGCUGUUGCUGGUUUCAAACUGACGUCAAUCACAGUGCAAGAGGAUGUUGGCGUUGCUAAGCUGCAAAUCGAGCGAACGGGCAACACGGCUGUCAAGCACACUCUCAGUGUGAAUGUCUCAGAUGGUAACGCUCAUUCUGGGGAGGACUACUUUGCUACAUCAGGCUCUGAGGUUGUGUUCUUUGUGGGCGAGACCUUGAAGGAGCUCUCCAUUCCGAUUAUUGACGACAAGGAUGUCGAGCCAACAGAGACAUUCACAGUGAUACUUUCAAGCACAGAACCAACUCUUACCAUCAACCCUGAAACUGCCACUGUCACCAUAACCGAUAAUGAUGCUAACAUUGGGUUUGUAAAACCCUCUGACUCCGUGGACGAGAGUGCAGGUCAGGUGGUCGUAGAAAUCGAGCGAACGGGAGACACCUCACAAGCACAUACAGUCUUGGUUGCAUACGAAGAUGAUAGCGCCACUGGCGGAUUGGAUUACACCAAGCCAGACAUUGUUCUAGUGACGUUUGAGGCUGGUCAGACCUCCAAGUCGAUCUCUAUUCCUAUCCUAGAGGACAACAACCUAGAAGGACCAGAAAAGUUCUUAGUAACACUCAGCACCGAUGAGCCUACGGUCACUCUCACUAAUAUUACCGAGACUGUCACUAUAAACGACAAUGACGUAAUUAUCGGGUUUGAGCAGCCGACCGUGACAGUCGACGAGACGUCAUCACAGGCAACGCUUGUUGUCAAGAGGAUAGGCUACCUCAACAAGAAUAACACAGUCUCUUUUGAAGUAGAACCCCAGACGGCUACAUUGGGCGUCGAUUUCGGAACAUCCUCAAUUAAUGAAGUGUUCUUUGGAGUCAACGAAACCGAGAAGCAUAUUACUUUUCCCAUUAACGAUGACACCGACUUAGAGGACUCCGAGACGUUUUCUGUUACGCUCAAGACUACAGAAAGUGGUGUCACCCUGUCCCCUGACAAGGCGACUGUCGCGAUCGCUGAUAAUGACGCUGAGAUUGGGUUUGUCCAAACAACCAAAAGCACCCCAGAAGACGGCGGCAAAGUUACUCUCACAUUAUUCCGUAAAGGAAAGACCGACAUCGUUAACUCUGUCAAGGUCACUCUUGUUGAUGACACUGCUUUGGCUGGAAAAGACUACGAUGGUCCAACUUCAUUUUACGUAGAGUUCAAGUCUUCAGAAACGCAACUGUCCUUUGAUAUUCCGAUCAUCAACGAUAACAUCACAGAGAAGAAGGAGCAGUUUAAUGUGACCUUGUCGACCACAGAGAACGGGGUUACCAUUAAGCCGGACGUUGCCACAGUCUUUAUUCAAGAUAACAAUGCCGUCAUCGGUGUUGAGGACACAUCUGUUAACGUGAACGAAGACGAAGGUUCCGUCACGAUAGUUGUGACCCGAACUGGAGAUACCUCUGUUCCCCACAUUAUCAAUGUACAAGUCACGGAUGGGAGCGCUAUAAAUGGAAAAGACUUUGACGCGCCCUCCUCCGUUCUUGUGACCUUCGAGGCGGGAGAGACCAAGAAAAGCCUUAGUUUCCCCAUCAGAGAUGACAGAUUGGUGGAGAAUACGGAAAGUUUCCUGAUCACCCUGACAACCAACGAUCCAAAUGUACUUAUGAAUCCUGACAGCACGACCGUCAACAUCGAAGACAAUGACUCUGAGAUUUCUAUGAAGGCCCCGUCAAAAACAGUAAAUGAGGGCGACGCCAAGGUUGACAUCAUAGUGUUGCGCACCGGAGAUGUUGACACCCGCAAGGAAGCUUGGGUCACUUUCACUGACGAGACAGCCACGAAUGGUGCUGACUAUAGCUCACCGUCACCUGUUCACGUGAUAUUUGAACCUGCUCAGACAGCGUUCGUCAUCAUGGUCCCCAUCAUCGACGACCCUGAUUUGGAGGAUUCUGAAAAGUUUCGCGUCGAUCUGGCAAGCAAUAAGUCAGAUGUUACAAUUUCGUCACCUACUACGGAAGUCACUAUCAGGGACAACGAUGGUUUGGUUUCCAUUGUACAAGAGUCUCUGACCGUACUAGAAAGUGACGGCAAAGCCACUAUUACACUUAGACGGACUGGAGAUACUAUUGGGGAACACAUAGUCAGGUUGACUGUCAAGAACGAUACAGCCGGUCUAGGGGAAGAUUUCACCCUUCCCAGCGCCAUUGAUGUCACUUUUAUGGCGGGUGAAACGGAAAAGCAAGUCAUGAUCCCAAUACUUGACGACAAAAGGGUGGAGAGCACGGAGAUUUUUAUCGUGACCUUUACCAGCGCUGAUCCAAGAGUGACUGUAAAACCUGACACAGCAGUGGUCACCAUCAAUGAUAACGAUGCUGUGGUGGCUGCUGACAAGACCAGAGUCACUGUUGCUGAGAAUAACGGCCCAGUUAUCAUCACGCUCAAAAGAGUCGGUGACAUUUCAGCCCAGCACAUAAUCAAAGUACAGCUGGUGAGUGACAGUGCUACUGGCGGCUCUGACUUCACCGUGCCUCUCAUCCAGGAAGUGAUAUUUAAUGCUGAUGAAACCUCAAAGGAUUUUGUGAUUGCACUAAUUGAUGAUGACGUGGUCGAGAACCCGGAGAAAUUCGCCGUAGUCUUCAGCACAGAUGAUCCACGAGUCACUGUCGAUCCCUCGAUCCCCUUUGUCACAGUUGUCAUCACUGACAACGAUGCAAUGAUUGGAUUUGAUGUUCCUUCAAUCACGGUACCCGAGGAUGUAGGUGACGCUAUUCUAACGGUCGUCAGAAAAGGAGACAAGUCUAAGCAGAUUAAUCUGAAGGUCACAUCCAAAGAUGGCUCGGCUGUCGGGGGUGGUACCGAUUACUCUUCUCCUGUUGCUGACCUCAUCUUCCAGCCGGGAGAGGAAUCCAAGGACAUCCUUAUUCCUAUCAACGAUGACAGGCUAGUAGAGGAGCCAGAGGAUUUCACUGUUAUGCUCAGCAGUGAUGACCCUUCAAUGCAAUUCAGCCCAGGAACAGCUACAGUCAAAAUACUCGACAAUGAUGUACUCGUGAGAAUAAAGACCACAGACAUCACGGUACUGGAGGAUGUGGGUACUGCCGAGAUUAACGUAGAAAGAGAUGGUGAUCUAAGCAAGACUGAUAAACUCAAGAUUACGGUUAUGAGCGGGACGGCGUUCCUUAAUUCCGACUUUAGCACUCCAGCUGUUGUAGACUUGGUGUUAGGCCCCGAAGAUACUUGGAAAACGAUCUCCAUCCCUAUCAUCGAUGACAAUCAGGUCGAAAAUGACGAAAAGUUCACAGUUAAGCUUCAGAGCUCAGACCCCCGCGUCACAGUCGACCCAAACACUGCCGCGGUAACAAUAAGGGAUAACGACGCCGUUAUCGGUUUUGUGGAGACGCUGAAAUGGGUUCCGGAGAACAUCGGAAAAGUAUUGUUGGAGGUGACGAGGAGCGGAGACCUGAGCGUGGAGCACAUUGUGAGGCUGGAGGUCAGACCAGGUAGUGCCGAAUUGGGCAAGGAUUGGCAGCUGCCGGAAGUUCUGGACGUGGUCUUCGCCCCAGGAAACAAUUCCAUUUACCUUGAAUUUAUUAUCAUUGACGACAAGGAUGUCGAGAACUACCAAGCGUUUUGCAUCUCUCUUGUGACUAAUGAUCCAAGAAUUACUAUAGAGCCUGAUAAGUCUGUUGUGGCUAUACGCAGUGAUGACUCUAUUAUUGGCUUUGAAAAGACGUCCAUUAUCGUCCCUGAAAGCAUUGGCAAUGCCGUUAUACCCCUGAAAAGGACAGGCGAACUAAGUGCGCGACAAACUUUCAGAAUAACUGUCAACGAAGUCACAGCAGAAGCGGGAAAAGAUUACACAGUCCCUAGCGUGCUUGACUUUGCGUUUGAAGCAGGAGUAUCACAGAUGGAAAUUUUGUUCCCUAUAACCGACGAUCGUCUGAUUGAGAACCCUGAGAAGUUUAAUGUCAUUUUGAGCAGCACAGAAAUUACGGUGACCGUCAAUCCUGAGACUGCAAGCGUCACAAUCCUGGACAAUGAUGCUGAAGUUAGGUUCGAGAUUCCUUCUCUAACGGUACCUGAGGAUAUAAACAUCGCUAACAUUCCAGUCACGAGAAACGGGGAUAUCACCUCUUCGCAUACUGUCCAAAUCACCAUCGCAGACGAAAGUGCCAGGUCAGGUGCUGACUACACCCCUCCAGUAUCCUUAGACCUGACGUUCCUGCAAGGAGAGACCGCCAAACUUGUACCAUUCAAAAUCAUCGAUGACAAUGAGGUCGAAAAUGAUGAAAGUUUCACUGUGACCCUUACCAGCCCUGGACCCAAUCUCGUGAUCAGGACACCUGAGAAAGCUACAGUCACCAUCCAAGACAAUGACGCUGGUAUCAGCUUCAACAGUACAUCCGUCACGGUCCCUGAAGAUCAAGGUCCGGCUUUACUCGAGAUCGUUAGGACGGGCAAUACAGACACGAGGCAGACCAUCAGGGUAACAUUAAAGAACGGUACGGCGAAAUUUGGUGAAGAUUAUGAUGGCCCAACAACAUUCCUGGUUACAUUUGAACCCAGCGAUACAUCAAAGACCAUAAGAAUCCCAAUUAUUGAUGAUAACGACAAGGAGCCAACAGAGGAGUUCACAGUAGAGCUAUCGACUACCGACCCAACAGUUAAUUUGAAGCCCGAUCUUGCGACCGUCACUAUCACAGACAAUGACGCUGUAAUUGGCUUCAAGGUGAAAGAACUUACUGUGCCAGAGGACGCUGGUACAGCUGACCUACCGGUCACGAGAGAUGGGGACACCUCGACCACAGUCACCAUCAGUGUCACCUACACUCCUGGUACCGCAACAGGCCUAGACUACGAGGACACCGUUACCUCGAUCACCUUCGCGCCUGGCGACACCGAGAAAUUUAUCCAGGUUCCAAUAGUAGAUGAUCAAUUAGUGGAGAGCCCGGAGACGUUCAAAGUGACGAUCAGUAGCACAUUGCCUAACGUCCCUACCGAGCCAGAUACAGCCCAAGUAACUAUAACUGACAAUGAUGCUGUUAUCGGCUGGGUACAGACUUCUAAGAAUGUUCCAGAAGAAGACGAGAAGGUUAUCCUCACUCUGAAGAGAACUGGGGACACCUCAGUCAGCCACACGGUCAAAGUAUCUCUAAUGGAUGGUACAGCCGUGGUAGACAAGGACUACACCGUACCCGCAGACAUGCUGGUUCAGUUCCUUGUGGGAGACACUACCAAGGAGUUUAUUAUUCCAAUUAUCAACGACCAGGAAGUUGAACCGACAGAAAGUUUUAUCGCAAAACUGACCACAGAGGACGCAAGGGUGACUAUCGACCCUGGCGUUGCUACUGUAAACAUUGCCGAUAACAAUGCCGCCAUUGGUUUCGACAAAACCCUGGUAACCGUGCGCGAGGAUGAUGGAACAGUCGACCUGGUUUUGACAAGAUCAGGGGAUACAAGCGGAUCUCAUACUGUGAGUGUCAUCGUUAUGAACGGAGAAGCUAUGGACGGUACCGACUUUGACUCGCCUGCACCCCUUGAUAUCACCUUCGGACCCGAUGAGACCUCAAAGACCAUCACCAUUCCUAUAAUCAACGACAACAACGCGGAACCCAAAGAGACGUUUAUCGUCAGUAUCAGCAGUACAAGCCCUGAUGUCGUCCUGAAUCCUGAUAACACCAAGGUCGAGAUUGAGGACGACGAUGUUGUUAUCACGGUGGAAAAACCCAUCGUGGAGGCCUCGGAAGAUGAUGGCAGCGUUAAUGUUGUUGUCAAGCGGACUGGAGACCUCUCGGGGAAGACGAACUUCCGAGUAACCUUAUCUGAUGACACCACUGAAGCUGUGAAAGACUAUGUUAUACCCACUAUCUUAGCCUUUACCUUCGAAGCAGGAGAAGACACAAAGACUAUCCCUGUCGCGAUCAUUGAUGACAAAUUGGUGGAAGAUAUCGAGAGGUUCUUUUUCACCAUCGCCACGGAAGAUCCCAACGCCACUGUGAAACUCAACAAAACCACAGUGUUCAUCAAGGACAACGAUGCUAAGAUCUCCGUGAAAAACGUUCCCCCAGUAGCAGAAGAUUCGGGUUCUGUAGCCAUCCCACUUGAAAGGACCGGCUCUACCAACGUACCACAUACAGUAGACAUCCAACUGACCCCGGGAAGCGCUCAACCAGGAGAAGAUUACAAUCCACCAGAUUCCCUGCAAGUGACUUUCCAGCCUGGAGAAACAUCUAAAGUGAUCAUCAUCCCUAUUCUUGAUGACAAGAAGAAUGAGCCUCAAGAAACCUUUACUGUUACUGUAUCGAGCGCAGACAGCAACAUCGAGAUCUCACCAAACGAAGUCGUGAUCACCAUUCUGGACAACGAUGUUUCCAUCGGCUUUAUGGUGACGUCAGUGACGGUGGAAGAAGACGCGGGAGUUGCUAAGGUGCCCAUCACCAGGAAAGGAAGUACUGCAAUUUCACACACUGUCAGGAUGGUGAUCACCGGGGAGAGCGCAAAAUCUGGUGAUGAUUAUAUCAGUCCAGGAUUUAUUGACGUCACCUUCGCGAUAGGCGAAAAUUCCAAAAUCGUGCAGUUCACUAUUGUCGAUGACAGAAAUGUUGAACCUGACGAGACGUUCCAUCUGGGGCUGCAGGGCGAUCCGCGCUACACUGUAGCUCCCAGCGAGGCGAGAGUCACCAUAAAAGAUAAUGACGUUGAAGUAACUUUCACCAAGGACUCCGUAGUUGUUCCUGAAGAUGCUGGCAAGGCCAUUCAUACUGUCACAAGGAGAGGCGACCUAAGCGCUACACACACUAUUACUUAUACGGUAUCUGACAUCACCGCCGAUAAAGGGAUUGACUACACUGUACCAAGCCCUCAGGAACUCGUGUUUGCUAUUGGGCAAAGCGAGAAAGUGAUUGAGUUCCCGAUCGUUGACGACAAGUUGUCCGAGAAUACCGAGAAAUUCACAGUGACAUUGGGAAGCACCGACCCUAGGGUUAGCUUCAAGACAAAAGUCGCAUCUACAACUAUCAUUGACAACGACGUUACCAUUGGAUUUGGUCUGACGUCUGUGACUGUUGUGGAAAGUGAUGGUACAGCAAUCGUACCUGUCAAGAGGAGUGGACCAACCACCGGAACCAAUACCUUUAGAAUAACCCUGAAUGAAGGAUCCGCAAAAGACGGCCAGGACUACUCACAACCAGCCGUCCUUCAGGACACUUUCGCUCCUGGUGAGACCGACAAAGUCGUUAAGAUUCCGAUUCUCAAUGACAAUGUGGUUGAGCCGACAGAGAAGCUACAAGUUAUCCUCAGUAGCCCUGAUGCUACUGUUAUCACCGAACCCGACACAGCCACAGUGACCAUUCUUGACGAUGAUGCCGUGAUCGGUUUCGUUUUGGAAUCGAUCACUGUCAUCGAGGGCGCCGGGAAAGUUGAUGUUGAAGUCAAAAGAACUGGAAACACAGGCUCACCACAAACAUUCAGCUUGACAGUAGAUGAAGAGACAGCUAAACCUGGGGAGGACUACACAGUCCCAUCGGACCUUCACUUCACUUUCAGCGAGGGCUCUGACUCGGUCAUAAUUACUAUCCCCAUCGUCGAUGAUAAGAUCAUCGAGCCGACAGAGACUUUAAAGUUGACCCUGAAGAGUUCCGAGCCGACCGUCAUCAUAAACCCUGCCUUUGCUGCCAUCACCAUCAUAGAUGAUGAUUCAAUCAUUGGUUUUGAGCUGCCAUCUGUGACUGUACUCGAGAGUGUCGGAGACGCAGAGGUUGUGGUGAAGAGAAGUGGUGCAACAGAUAACGUUCAAAACUUCAGUGUUGUCAUAUACAAUGGCACAGCGACACCUAACGAGGACUAUACCGCUCCUGCUUCUCUGGAUUACUCGUUUGCUAAAGGCGAAACCGAGAAGAUUGUUAGAAUUUCCAUUAUCAACGACCAGGUUCCAGAACCGACCGAGAAAAUCACACUCCUACUGACGAGCACGGACCCAACAGUGACUCUAGAUACCCCUGUGUCGACUCUCGCCAUCAAGGACGAUGACUCUUCUAUCAGCAUGAAAUUGGAGUCAAUUACUGUCCAAGAGAGAGCUCAGAAGGUCAACAUUCCCAUUCAAAGAACAGGAAGCACAAGUGCAAGACAGAUGUUCAGCCUUACUGUUAAACCUGGAACAGCUGAAGACACAAAGGACUACACCACACCUGCCGAUCUGGAUCUCGCGUUCGAGAUGGGAGAGACAGAUAAAAUCUUCGUCGUCCCUAUUCUAGACGAUAAGCUCGUUGAACCAUCGGAAAACUUCACCGUGAAAAUGACCUCCUCCGAGCCCACUGUGGUGAUCACAUCUGAUACAAGCACAGUAACCAUCGAGGACGAUGAUUCCCUCAUAAGCGUCGAGUCUCCUGUUGAGGUCCUAGAGGAUGCUGGGAAGGCUAAUGUCGUAGUGAAAAGGACUGGAAACACAAAAACGCGACAAACUUUCAGUGUGAGUGUCAAUGAUGACACCGCCGUGUUAGGUAAGGACUACACGAAGCCUUCAGUCCUUCAAAGGUCGUUCGAGCCGAGCGAGGAGUCAGUGAUUAUCAUGAUCCCCAUCAUCGAUGACAAGGAUGUAGAGCCGACGGAGUCUCUAACAGUGGUCGUGUCAAGCACUGAGCCAACCGUUACUGUCCAGCCAAGUGCUGCGACCGUCAGGAUCCUCGAUAAUGAUGCUACAAUCGGCUUUGAGCUGACAGAUGUGACUGUUGUUGAGAGUGGUGGAACUGCGACGGUGGCCGUAAAACGGACCGGCAAUACCGACAAAAGCCAGACUAUCAAUUUCCUCGUGAAGGAUGGUGACGCGAAAGCUAUAGAAGACUUUAAUGUUCCUGCCGUGCUGCAAGUGACAUUUGCCGCUGGCGACACAAAGAAGGACAUUGUCAUUCCUAUCGUAAAUGACAAAGACGUGGAGAACACGGAGUCUUUUACCAUCGUGCUGACGAGCGACGACCCUACGGUUGUUGUGAGCCCAGAUACGGCAACAAUCACUAUCAAGGAUGAUGAUGCUUUGAUUAAGUUCGAGCCGGUCUCUGUGGACGUGGGUGAGGGUGAUGGCGAAGCAUUGCUUACCGUGAAGAGAGAAGGCAAUCUCGCCGAAGAGCAUAUUGUCACUGUCACCAUUACUGAUAACACAGCGAAGAAAGACUCGGAUUAUAGCGAACCUGCAGUCAAGGAAAUCACUUUCCUUCAAAACGAGGUAGUGAAAACCAUCAACGUCCCAAUCAUCAAUGACCACAAGGUGGAGGACGAUGAAACGUUCCGCGUCAAACUCACAACAAACGAGCCUGAGGUCACAAUCAGUCCUGAUACUGCACAAGUAACCAUCAACGAUGAUGACGCCAUCAUUAGCUUCGUGCAGCCUUCCAAGACGGUGCCUGAGGGCGCAGGGACGGUCAACCUGACAUUGACAAGAACGGGUGACAAAUCGGUCCCCCAUACCGUCAGUCUGUCCAUCAAAAACGAUACCGCCUACUCUGGAGUGGACUUCACGCCUCCCGAGGACCUUCUUGUGACAUUCCAGCCGGGGGAGACCACCAAAGUGGUAUCUAUUCCUAUCAUCAACGACAAGAACGUGGAGCAGCCCGAGAGAUUCAACGUGACAAUCAGCUCACCUGAUGACCGUGUCACGAUAGAGAACGGCACUGCGUCUAUUCUAAUAAACGACAACAACGCUGAGAUCGGGUUUGAACUUGACAAGUACGAGGUUCCAGAAGACAUCGGUACCUUGGACAUCAAGGUGACCAGGAAAGGCGACAAGACCAAGCCCCAUACACUAAGCUUUCUGAUCGGUGGAGGAACUGCAAAGAAGGACGAAGACUACACCACACCCGAACACAUUGAAUUGACGUUUGAGGAAGGCGAAAUGGAGAAGAUUGUAUCUAUAAAGAUCACUGACGACAAGCUGGUGGAGAACCCGGAGACCUUUUCUCUCAUCCUCGCUUGCGCUGACAAUGAUGUUGUCGUUGUUCCCGAUACAGUAACAGUUACCAUUAUCGACAAUGAUGCUGUUGUUGGCUUUAAGCCUGACUCUGUGAUAUUUAAAGAAUCAGACGGCACAGUAACACUAACUGUGGCAAGGAGAGGUGACACGACCAGAGAACACAAAGUCAAGGUCGCUGUAAUUGAUGGUAGCGCUAUUGAUGGCAAAGACUUCACCAAGCCGUCAAUCGCCGAGCUGACCUUCCCAGCCAACAGCCUUGACGACCAGACAAUUACUGUCUCAAUAAUCGACGAUAAAGAAGUUGAAGGCGAUGAGCAGCUCACUGUCGUCCUCAGCAGUGAGGAUCCAAAAGUUACUGUUGAACCAGAGACUGCUACUGUGACAAUCAAAGAUGACGAUGUGGAUAUUGGCUUCAUGCCCGAGUCGAUAACCGUCCCCGAGGAUGUCAGCAACGCCGGGCUUGUAGUGAAAAGGACUGGUGACACCUCUGUAGAACACACCGUCAGAUUCACUAUCACAGACGGAUCGGCUAAAGGCGGUGACGAUUACACGGUUCCACCUUCUAAUGAGCUGACUUUUGAGAUCGGCGUUGAGUCAAAGGUCAUUCAAAUCCCAAUCAUUGACGAUAAGGAGAUCGAAGACCUCGAGGCGUUCACAGUGACACUCAGCUCCGAUGACAAGCGAGUCAAUGUCAAACCAGAGACUGGCACUGUAAAGAUCACGGAUAAUGAUGCUUCUAUUGGUUUUGAGCUGGCUACAGUGGAUGUCCUCGAGAGCCAAGGAAAGGCCAACCUUCCAGUCAAACGCACUGGCCACACAGGCUCAAGACAAGUUUUGAGGGUCACUGUAUCUGACGGAACUGCAAACAAAGGCCCGGAUUACCACGAGCCGGCAUCUCUAGAGGUCGUGUUCGAGUCGGGUGAAAAAGAUGCAGUCAUCAUGGUUCCUAUUGUGAAUGACAAUGUGGUGGAGAACACUGAGGACCUGACCGUGGUCCUGAGCAGCGACGAUCCUACCGUCACCAUCAGCCCGGACACCGCCACUGUCAGGAUUAUCGACGAUGAUGCGGUCAUCGGAUUCGCUGAAUCACCAAUGGCUGUUCCUGAGGACGUAGGAAAUGCGAACAUCAAAAUCAAGCGUACCGGAUAUAAAGAUGCAGAACACACUGUCACGGUGGCGCUGACGGACGGUAGUGCAGUUGUGGACAAGGAUUUCACAGUCCCUGCUGGCCUUGUAGUCCAUUUCUUGAAAGGGGAAGACUCUAAAGUUGUUGCCAUUCCGAUCAGCGAUGACAAGCUCGUGGAGAACACCGAACAUUUCACUGCAUCCCUGAGCAGCACCGAUGCUGGCGUUACAGUGGACCCAGACACAGCAACUGUCAACAUUCUUGACAAUGAUGCAAACAUCGGCUUUGAGUUCGAAAAUGUGACGGUGUACGAGAGCGAUGGUCAAGCAACACUCAAUGUGAAGAGAAGCGGACAUCUCGCCGGAAGCCACACAAUCAAAGUUACAGUGACCCCAAAAACAGCUAAGCUCGUCGAAGACUUCAACACGCCUGCGGUUGUAGAGGUCACCUUUGCAGCAAAUGAAGUAGUAGCAACGAUAUCCGUACCAAUCGUAGAUAACAACAUAGUGGAGGAGACCGAAUUCUUCGAUGUCGGUCUAUCAAGUGACGAUCCUACUGUCAAUGUUGUGCCUGACACAGCGUCCGUGACUAUCCUGGACGAUGAUGCGGUGUUUUCUGUCGAGGAUGUUGAGUUCAAAGAAGAUGAGGGUGACGCAGUUGUUGUGGUUAGGAGAACUGGCUUUACUGGCAAAAGGCAUCACAUCAAGGUGACGGUCGAGGACGGCGAAGCAGUGCAAGGCUCUGAUUACAAAGGACCAGAUGCCCAAGACAUCACGUUCGAGGCUGGCGAGACCACCAAACCCAUCCGACUACCGAUCAUCGAUGACAAACUUAUCGAAGAUAAAGAGUCGUUCACUGUCAGAGUGUCAAGCACUGACGCCGGUGUCAUAGUUACACCCGACGCUGCAGUUGUCACGAUUCUGGACAACGACGCCGUCAUUUCAGUAAAGAAUCCAUCGAAAUCAGUGCAAGAAGGUGAUGGUGAAGUUGUGAUCGAAGUCGAGCGAACGGGAGACACGACUGCUAACCAUAAAGUCACUGUUACUGUUACUGGCGGGACCGCCAAGGACGGCCUGGAUUACACCAAGCCAGCCUUAGUAGAGCUGACAUUCGCCCCUGACGAGACCAGCAAGGUUAUUAAGAUCCCUAUCAUCGACGACAAGAAUGUGGAGCCUGCAGAGACCUUCACGGUGAAACUGGAAACCAGCGAUCCGGCGGUGACAGUGGCUCCAGAUACAGCGACUAUUGAAAUCAAAGACAAUGAUGCUACCGUUGGAUUCAAAGUGCCGUCAGCUGCAGUGCCCGAGAGUAUUGGAAAUGCUGUCAUAGAAGUUGAGAGAACCGGCGACACGUCAGUCAAGCACAAAGCGAGAUUGGAGUUCAAGGGGGAUUCCGCUACGAAGGAUGUCGACUUCAGCGAACCUGCCGUCCUUGACGUAGACUUUGAAAUAGGAGAAACGUCCAAGUCUGUACCGGUACCAAUCAUAAACGACAAAGACGUGGAGGGGGCAGAGGUGUUUAAAGUCAGCCUUAGCACAACUGAGCCCAAUGUGAUUCUUCAACCUGAGACUGCAACCGUGACCAUCCUAGACGAUGAUGCCAUUAUCGGAUUUGUUCAAACAUCAAAAACCGUACCAGAAGACAUUGGCACCGCGACGCUUACAGUCAAACGGACGGGAGACUCUACCGUACAACAUAUCGUCAAGGUCGUAAUUCUCGAUGAUACUACCACAAGUGGGCACGACUUCGUGCCACCCACAACCCUGAUGAUAACGUUUAUGCCGGGCGAGCUCUCCAAGGUCAUCUCAUUCCCUAUCAUCAACGAUAACCAGGUGGAACCCGUAGAGCGCUUCAAUGUCACACUAUUAACCGAGGAUCCUCGCGUUACUAUCAAUCCUGGGGUAGCAUCCAUCAAAAUUCUCGACAAUAAUGCGAUAAUCGGUUUUGAGAAAGAAAGUCAGACGGUAUCAGAAGAUGGUGGUAAAGUGGACCUCAAAGUCAUCCGAACUGGCGACAAGAGUGUUCCACAUACAUUCAAGAUUAUCCUCACCGAAGGCUCAGCAACAGAUGGAGAAGACUUCACUACACCCAAUGAGGUAGAGUACACUUUUGAGGCCGAUGAAACAGAGAAGAUCAUCACCGUUCCGAUCACUGAUGACAAACUGGUGGAGAACCCGGAAACCUUUACUGUCACCUUAACAUCAUCAAAUCCGAACGUCCUGAUCAAGCCAGACACUUCUACCGUGACAAUUACUGACAACGAUGCCGUCAUUGGUUUCAAGACUGGUUCUUUGAGCGUCCCUGAAAGUGCAGGAAAGGCGACCAUUGAGCUUGUCAGGACAGGCGAUACCAGCAAGUCCCACACCGUCACGUUUACUGUAAACGAUGGCACUGCCCAGGAACCUGGAGAUUACACCACUCCCGGCGUCACUGAAGUUACCUUUGCUGAGGGCGAGACUUCCAAGACUAUUAUGAUCCCCAUCAACAAUGACAAGGACAUCGAGCCUAAAGAAGAUUUCACUGUUCAACUUCAUACAAACGAUCCAAGAGUCAGCCUGAACCCGAAUACGGCCACCGUUUUCAUCACGGAUGACGACGCUGAUGUUGGGUUCAAGGUGGAGUCCCUGACAGUACCCGAAGAUGUCGGUUCAGUAAACCUUGUCAUACAAAGGACCGGCGACACAUCCUCAAUGCAUACACUAAGCGUUGCUGUUGAAGACGGAACCGCUCAGGGUGGAAGUGACUUUACCAAACCAGCACCAUUCGACGUGACAUUCAAUCCAGGAGAACACGAGGUGAUCAUCGGUAUCCCGAUACUGGAAGACAAAGAAGUGGAGAAUCCGGAGGAUUUCAUUGUGAGCCUGACCUCGACCGAUCCUGCAGUGACUGUCAGACCUGCCAAGGCUACUGUAACUAUUACAGAUAAUGACUCGAUUAUUGGUGUUCAGCUGGAGUCAGUCAUUGUACUUGAAAGUGCCGGUAAAGCUGAAAUUCCUGUAAAGCGGACUGGACAUCUGGGGGCUCCACAAACUUUCAGCAUCGCUGUUAUUGAUGAUACAGCCGUCCAAGGCUCCGACUAUCAGGUACCAGCCGACCAAGUAGUCACCUUCCAUGAGGACGAAACCGAUAAGAUCAUCACAGUUCCCAUCCUGGAUGAUAAUAUAGUGGAGAACACGGAAACGCUGAAGGUCGUCUUGACCAGCAAUGAUCCUACUGUGACCGUCAAGCCAGACACUGCUACUGUCACCAUCCAGGACGACGAUGCUGUGUUGAGUAUUGAGCAGCGUAAAGAUGUCGCCGAGAGCGUGGGUAAUACCCCUGUGAUCGUGAAAAGGACUGGAUACACUGGAGCUUCGCACAAAUUCACUAUCGUUGUGGAUGAUGUAUCUGCUACCAAGACCGCUGACUACAAUGAACCCUCUGCUGGACUUGUUUACACAUUUGAAAUCAACGAAGAAAGCAAGACGCUCAUGUUCCCUAUCAUUGACGACAAGCUUCUUGAAGACGUAGAGAAGUUCACAGUGACCAUCUCAAGUACAGCCCCUGGUGUUACCAUCGACAACGACGUCAGUCAAGUCUAUAUCCUUGACGACGACACUGAGAUUGGAUUUGAGCAGGCUUCCGUUACAGUGCACGAGAGUGAAAAGAUCGCACAUGUACCCGUGAAGAGAACAGGAAACCUCGGCGAAUCCCAGGUUCUGAGGGUAUCUGUUGAAGACGGCACAGCGAAACUGGAUUCCGAUUACAGUACGCCUUCAUCGUUGGUGAUUGAAUUCAAGGCUGAAGAAACCCGGAAGAUCAUAAGCAUACCGAUCAUCGAUGACAAUCAGGUCGAAGAGACUGAAGAUCUUAAAGUCAAACUGAGCAGUGAGGACCCAACAGUGUCCGUCAAGCCCGCCACUGCUACAGUCACCGUCCUCGAUGACGAUGCUGUGAUUGGUUUUGCUGAGGAGUCUAUCACUAAACCUGAAGAUGUUGGUAUCGUUCCCGUGAAGAUAUGCAGAACCGGAUACAUGGGCAAGCGCGUCACCUUCAAAUUUACUGUUUCCAACAGUACCGUGACAACAUCCGUAGAACUGGCUCUCCUCCCUGGGGAAGACUGUACAGUUGUGAAUAUCCCUAUUGUUGACGAUGACGUGGUGGAGGAGCCUGAGACGUUUGAUUUAAUGGUCACUAGCGAGGACCCAAGUGUCUCAGUUAGCCCCGAAAAAUCUACACUCACUAUUAUUGACAAUGACGCUGUGGUUAAAGUGAAGGUAACAUCGAAAGACGUUAAAGAAGACCAAGGCAAGGUGGACAUUCCCCUGGAGAGAACUGGUGAUCUUACAGUUCCACACACUGUCCACAUCUAUGUGAAUGACGGAACAGCGAAAGGUGGCUUAGAUUUCCAAAAGCCUGUUGAAGAUUACGUCGUCUUAACUUUUGACGCUGGAGUUAAAGAGAAGGUGUUUUCUGUGCCCAUCAUUGAUGACAAGGAGGUAGAGCCGACGGAGUACUUCACAGUUGUAGUGAAGAGUACUGAUCCAAGAGUCACGGUGGAUCCUGACACUGCGACCGUCAACAUCAUUGAUAACGAUGCUACCGUUAGCAUUGAAUCUGUGACAGUGGUGGAAGAUGCCGGGACCGCCAAUGUUCCUGUUCACCGUUCAGGAUUCACUGGAGCACGUCACACUCUGAGGAUAACUGUUACUGAUGAGUCAACCACAAAGGAUGCUGACUAUAACGAACCGGCUUCACUUGAUGUUGUCUUCGAGGUUGCAGAAACAUCCAAGAUCGUUUCUUUCAAGAUCACGGAUGACAAAGAAGUAGAGGAUACCGAGACGUUUACUGUUCAGCUGAGUACCAACGAGCCUACAGUCAACCUAAGUCCAGAUAAAGCAACAGUCACCAUCUUGGACAAUGAUGCGGUGAUCGGUUUUGUACAGACGUUCAAGAUUGUACCUGAAGAUGUCGGUAACGCGACCCUCACAGUUCAGCGAACUGGUGAUACCUCCGUAGAGCACAUUGUCAAGGUAACGAUCGUGGACGAUUCCGCCAAGACAGGACAUGACAUACUUCCUCCCAUUACCAAAACGAUCUCCUUCGCCCCUGGAGAAACCUCCAAGGUCGUAUACUUCCCUGUGGUCAACGACCAACUGGUGGAGAACACGGAGAGGUUCAACGUGACGCUCAGCACCGAGGAUCCGCGUGUUACCAUCAAUCCUGGAUACGCAUCAAUCCACAUCCACGACAACAACGCCAUUAUCGGUUUCAAAACCGAAUCUGUAUCGGUUCCUGAAGAUAGCGGCCAGGUUGAGCUCGUACUUAAACGAACUGGCGACAAGACAGUCAGGCAUCCGUUUAAGAUCUCAAUUUCUGAUGGAUCUGCCAAGAGUGGCAAGGACUUUACUGUUCCUCUUGUUACUGAUCUCUAUUUCGAAGUCGACGAGGAGGAAAAGACAAUCACAAUCCCGAUUACUGAUGACACCGAUUUAGAGCCACUCGAGAGCUUCACCGUAACCCUCACUACAACUAACCCUGACGUGAUGGUUGAGCCUGACACCGCCACUGUCAACAUCAUAGAUAAUGACGCUUUUAUUGGGUUUACCGUGGAAGCAGUUGAUGUUCCGGAAGAUAUUGGCAAAGCUGUCAUCACAGUCAAGAGAACCGGAGACAAGACCAAAACACAUGUUGUCAAGAUCACUGGAAAGGACGGCAGUGCUAUUGUCGAUAAGGAUUUUGGUUCUCCCGCUCCUCAAGAGGUCACGUUUGCACCCGGUGACGACGAACACAGCAUUGAAAUACCCAUUAUUGAUGAUCAAGAUGUCGAAGACACCGAGCAUUUUACAGUAGAACUGAGCAGCGAUGACCCAAGGGUCACUGUCAAGCCUGCCAGUGCCACUGUCAACAUUAGGGAUAAUGACGCCGUGAUCGGGUUUGCUAGUCAGUCUGUUACUGUUCCUGAGAGCGUCGGCGACGCAAAGGUGCCGAUCAAGAGGACUGGGGACAAGAGUGUCAGUCAUACCGUCAGCUUCACGGUAGAAGACAAUACCGCCACAAGUGGAGACGACUUCACUGUGCCGUCAGUACUUGAGGUCACAUUCGCACCUGGGGAAGAAACCAAGGACAUCGUGUUCCCAAUCAACGAUGACAAGAAAAUCGAGGAUUCCGAGGACUUUAAAGUGACCUUAAGCAGCACUGAACCAAGAGUGACCAUCAAACCCCAGGAAGCUACUGUAACCAUUGACGACAAUGAUGCUGUUAUCGGAUUCGAGCAGUCUUCUGAUUCUCUCCUCGAGAGCGAUGGACCCGCAAGGUUACAAAUCAAGAGAUCAGGGAAUACUGACGUCAAACAGACUUUCAGGAUUACUGUGAACGAUGGCGAGGCCAAAAAUGGUGAGGACUACUCCCCUCCUUCGGUACUAGAGAUAACCUUCAAAGAGGGCGAGACCAUGAAGACCAUAGAGAUCCCCAUUAUUGAUAACAACGAUGUAGAGGAUCCAGAGAGCUUUACUGUGGUCCUGAGCAGCGAUGAUCCCACCGUCACCAUUAGCCCUGAUACCGCCACCGUCAACAUCAACGAUGAUGAUGCUGUUGUUGCCUUUAAAGUCCCGUCAAUGGAAGUCCCAGAGAGAGUAGGAAACGCCAACGUGAUUUUGGAAAGGACAGGCUAUACGGAAACAAAACACACUUUAAGAGUUUCUGUGGUUGAUGAAUCAGCAACUGCUGGUAAAGACUACAAUGUUCCUCUUACCCUUGAGAUCGUGUUUGACAAGGGUGAGACCUCCAAGGUUAUCAGCUUCCCUAUCAUCGACGACAAAGACGUAGAGAACACUGAAACAUUCAAGUCGACACUAUCCAGCUCUGACAACGACCUCACCAUUAACCCUGACACAGCGACCAUAUCAAUCCUUGAUGACGACUCUAUAGUCGCUGUAGAGACGGCUUCCGUGAAGGUUUUGGAAAGCGCUGGUGUCGCCCAGAUCACACUCAAGAGAACUGGAAGCUUAGAUUCAGCACAAAAAGUCAAGGUUACUCUGGAAGAUGCGGAUGCCAGAUUUGGAAUGGACUACAAUACGCCUUUAGCACUUGAAGUAGUAUUCGAAAAAGACGAUGAACAGAAGAUCCUUGAAGUGCCUAUCAUCAACGACGAUGUCGUGGAAAACACAGAGAGCUUUGAUGUCAUGUUCAACAGUGACGAUCCGACAGUCACUGUGGACCCGGACACGGCCAAAGUCACUAUACUUGACGAUGAUGCUAUUCUUACUUUCGUUGUGCCAUCCGUUGUUGUACCUGAAGAUUAUGGGAAUGUUUCCGUGAAAGUCUCAAGAACAGGCUACAAGGACACCGAACACUCCUUCACGGUAAUCAUCAAACCCGAAAGCACAGCCACGGAAGGCUCCGACUACCACACGCCAGCGAGUCUUGAUUUCAAAUUCCAGAAGGGUCAAAUCACAUCUUUGGUGAUAAUCCCUAUCAUUGAUGAUCGUUUGGUUGAGGACGACGAGGAAAUAUUACUGGCACUCACUAGCCCCGACUCUGGUGUGACGUUCUUACAGGAUUCCUCAACUGUCAAGAUACUUGACAACGAUGCUGUGAUUGGAUUCGAUAAAGAGUCCCUUUCUGUACCCGAGAAUUCAGGAAAAGCGCUAAUUCCAGUCACGCGAACAGGUCACAAAAAUGCACGACACACAUGCAGACUUGUCAUGGUCGAUGGAGAAGCGAAGAAGGGCAGUGAUUAUAGAGCGCCAGCCCUGCUUGAGGUCACUUUUGAGUCGGGUGAGAGUUCAAAGGUCAUCGAGGUGCCUCUUAUCAAUGACCACGUCGUAGAGAACUCAGAGAGUUUCAGCAUUAAGCUUACCUGCGACGAGGAAACGACGAGCGCCAACCCUGAUACAGUAACAGUUACAGUCUUGGACGACGACGCUGUCCUUGGGUUCGAGGUACCCGAUCUUCAAGUGCCUGAAAGUGUCGGAAAGGCAAACCUUGUUGUGAAAAGAACUGGAAACACCAACACGAGGCAUUCAUUCAAGGUUACUGUAACUGAUGUCUCAGCGAUUAAAGACGUUGAUUAUUCUGUCGGCACUCCAUUGGACGUUACAUUCGAGAAAGGAGAGCUUGUGAAAGUUCUGAUGUUCCCGAUUGAGGAUGACCAAAUUGUCGAAGACACUGAAGCUUUCAAGGUCACUCUAACCAGCGAUGAGCCUGGAGUCACUAUCCAACCCGAUACAGCUACAGUUUUUAUCCUAGAUAACGAUGCUGUCGUGAUGGUCACGACACAGUCUGUGAGUAUCCGUGAAGACGGGGCCAAAGCGGUUAUCAACCUAGAAAGGGUUGGAGAUACAUCGGUGCCACACACCGUCAAGGUUCAUUUCAAUGAUGGCUCGGCCUUGGGGGGAUCUGACUUCACUUUGCCUGACAUAAGUUCCCUGACCUUUGCGGAGGGACAGACGUCGGCAGUGAUAGAGGUACCCAUCACGGAUGACAAAGAGGUCGAGAGGACCGAGCAGUUUAACGUGAAGCUGACGAGUGAAGACCCAAGAGUCACUGUCAUCCCUGACACUGCAUUGAUCAACAUUAUUGAUAACGAUGUGGAAAUAACAAUUGAGGAUGUCACUGUACCCGAAAGCGCCGGAAAUGCUAAGGUUCCAGUUAAACGAACAGGAGACGUCAAAGCAGAACACACAUUAAGCAUUGUCAUUGAGAGCGGUACCGCUACUUCUGGGGAAGACUUCAGCGAGCCUUCAGUCAUGGAAGUGAAGUUCUCAUCUGGACAGAGAGAACAAGAAAUCGUUAUCCCCAUCAAUAAUGACAGGAUUGUAGAGGACGACGAGACGUUCACCGUCAGUCUGAGCAGCGACGCCCCGACAGUGACUUUCAAGAAGAAUUCUGCUACUGUCAAAAUCCUUGACGACGAUGCGGUGAUCGGUUUUGUACAGACAUUCAAGGUUGUACCUGAAGAUGUCGGUAACGCAACCCUCACAGUUCAGCGAACUGGUGAUACCUCCGUGGAGCACAUCGUCAAGGUAACGAUCGUGGACGAUUCCGCCAAGACAGGACAUGAUGUUCUUCCUCCCAUUAUAAAAACCAUUGCAUUCGCCCCUGGAGAAACCUCCAAGGUCGUAUACUUCCCUGUGGUCAACGACCAACUGGUGGAGAACACGGAGAGGUUCAACGUGACGCUCAGCACCGAGGAUCCGCGUGUUACCAUCAAUCCUGGAUACGCAUCAAUCCACAUCCACGACAACAACGCGAUUAUUGGCCUCGAGGUAGAGUCCAUGAGCGUUCCUGAAGAUGCUGGGAAAGCAACCUUAAAUCUCGUGCGCUCAGGAGACAAGAGUGUCCCUCAUGUUGUUAAAGUGCAAGUCAGCAGUGGCCAAGCCAAAAAAGACGAGGAUUUCACUGACCCCGACCCCCUAGAAGUCACCUUCGAUGUCAAAGAGGAUAGAAAGACCAUUCAGAUCCCGAUAAUUGAUGACCAGAAGGUGGAGGGAGACGAGAGCUUCACAGUGGCAAUCACUUCUAUGAAUCCAAAUGUCAUGACUAAGCCUGAUACUGCGACGGUCACGAUUAUUGAUAACGAUGCUACUGUCGGCUUUGUUGAAUCACUCGUUGUUCUUGAGGAUGUCGGCAUUGCAAAACUUCGUGUCGUGCGCACAGGGGAUUCCACUGAAAAGCAUGUUGUCAAGUUCACCGUCACCGAUGAUUCAGCAACAAGCGCCGACGACUAUACCACCCCAGCAAAACUCGAAGUACAAUUCGAGCCAGGAGACAACGAGGAAGAGAUCGAGUUCCCGAUAAUCGACGACCGAGUGGUGGAGAACCCCGAGGUAUUCACCGUCAAGCUCGUCUCUGAAGAUCCGCGAGUGACCGUAACCAAGGAAACCGCCACUGUAACCAUCAAUGAUAACGAUGCCGUGAUCGGGUUCGCAAGUCAGUCUGUUACUGUUCCUGAGAGCGUCGGCGACGCAAAGGUGCCGAUCAAGAGGACUGGGGACAAGAGUGUCAGUCAUACCGUCAGCUUCACGGUGGCAGACAAUACCGCCACGAGUGGAGACGACUUCACUGUGCCGUCAGUACUUGAGGUCACAUUCGCACCUGGGGAAGAAACCAAGGAAAUCGCGUUCCCAAUCAACGAUGACAAGAAAAUCGAGGAUUCCGAGGACUUUAAAGUGACCUUGAGCAGCACAGAUCUAAGAGUGACCGUCAACCCACAGGAAGCUACUGUAACCAUUGACGAUAAUGACUCUGUACUCGGGUUUAAGUCGCCUUCUGUCACCGUUAGGGAGAGCGACGGCGAGGCUAUCAUCCCUGUUGUGAGAUCAGGGGACACAUCCAAGCCACAGACAUUCAGAAUAACAAUAAUUGACGGAAGUGCCAAGAAAGGAGAGGAUUACAACGAGCCUAUCAUUCUAGAAGUGUCCUUUAACGAGGGUGACACUGAAGUGCCUGUUCGUGUGCCGAUCAUCAACGAUGCUUCAUUAGAGGAUUCAGAGAGCUUCACCGUUGUUCUGAGCAGCGAUGAUCCCACCGUCACCAUCAGCCCUGAUACCGCCACCGUCAACAUCAACGAUGAUGAUGCUGUGAUUGGUUUUAAUUUGGAGUCUCUUGAGGUCCCAGAAGAUAUUGGCACUGCAAACGUAGAGGUUGUACGAAAUGGAUUUACUGAUGUGCCGCACAAAUUCAACGUGGUAGUUACAGAUGGCUCCGCUAAGUCAGAUAGUGAUUACACCGUGCCAUCGAUACUAGAGUUCACCUUCAAAGAGGGCGAGAAGUCAAUCCUUAUACCAUUCCCCAUCAUCGAUGACAAACUGGUGGAGGACACGGAAGACUUCGCUUUGACUCUGACCAGUUUCGAGCCUGAGGUUACUGUCUCACCUGACAAGGCAAAGGUCUCCAUUCUGGAUAAUGAUGCAUUAAUCGCCUUUGAGUUACUAUCCGUCACCGUCCAAGAAAAUGCUGGUAAAGCUCAAGUACCUGUGAAGAGGAGUGGUAAUACCAAGAAAAAGCAGACUCUCAUUGUCUCUCUAUCAGACAUCACCGCCAAAAAGGGCGAGGACUAUAACGACCCAGCCAGCCUCAAGGUGACAUUUGAAGUGGACGAGGUUCGAAGAGUUAUCAUGAUUCCUAUUGUUGAUAACAAUGUGGUGGAGAACACGGAGACCUUUACUGUCAGCCUGUCUAGUGAUGAUCCGACUGUCAUUGUAAACCCUCAGCCCGCAACAGUGACUAUCUUCGACGACGACGCUGUAGUAAGAUUUUCCAUACCUUCUGCUAUCGUGCCCGAGAGCGCUUCGACCGCGAGCCUUGAAGUGCGGCGAACUGGUUAUCUCGAAGCCAAACACAUAGUCAGCUUCACAGUGCAUGACCUUAGCGCGACGGCUGGUGACGACUACCAAGUUCCGUCCGUCCUCGAGCUGGUCUUUGAGAAGAAGGAUACCACAAAGACUAUAUCCAUUCCUAUCAUAGAUGACAGAGAAGUGGAGCAGAGCGAGAACAUGAGCGUCACUCUCUUCACCACACACACCUCAGUUACCAUCGAUCCCAACAACGAUAAGGGCUCAGUAACCAUCUUGGACAAUGAUGCCUACAUCGACAUCGAAGAUCUUACUGUGGUGGAAAAUAUUGGACACGCCAUUGUCAAACUUCGUCGAAAUGGAUACACUGAUAAACAACAGCAUCUCAUGAUCACUUUUGACAAUGCUAGCACCGCAACAGAGGGUGUAGACUACACCUCGCCCUCUAAUCUGCAAGUCACAUUUGCUGCUGGACGCUUAGAAGCAGAUUUUGUUAUCCCUGUGUUGAACGACAAAGAGGUGGAGGAGACGGAUAAAAUUAUCCUGCGAUUAUCUAGCGCUGACCCUACUGCUGUUGUCAGGAAAGGAACUGGAACACUAACCAUUUUGGAUGACGACGCGGUCGUCGGUUUUGUACGGACAUUCAAGAGUAUUCCCGAGGAUAUUGGCUCGGCAACUCUAACUGUGCAGAGAACCGGAAGUAUCACUGCCAAACAUGUUAUCACACUUGCUGUCCAAGAUGACACCGCUUUGGAAGGAAACGAUUACAACGCCCCUUCGUCCCUUGAGAUCAUCUUUGAACCUGGACAAGUUUCUAAAGUUUUGUCCUUCCCCAUCAUCAACGAUAAUGAACUGGAGAGUCCAGAGAAGUUUAAUGCAUUACUCAGUACUGAGGAUCCAAGAGUGACAAUACGCCCUGGCCUUGCGACCAUACAGAUCAAUGACAACAACGCUGUCCUUGGAUUUAAGACAACAUCCGUCACUGUUCCUGAGAACGUUGGGGAAGCAGAAUUUGUCGUUGUGAGAAGCGGCGACAAGACGGUUGAGCAUCCAUUCAGUGUCGUUGUAAACAAUGGCUCUGCGACGAAGAACGUUGACUUUAAGCCACCCACGACACUGCACUACACCUUUGCUCCAGGUGACGAAGAGAAGGUGAUCAGGGUCCCUAUUGUUGACGACAAACUGGUGGAGAACCUGGAGAGCUUUACCAUCACUCUGACAAGCACUGACCCUGAUGUGAUCGCUAACCCCGACACAGCUACUGGAAUAAUAAUUGACAACGAUGUGUUAAUUAGUUUCAAGAUCGAGUCCAUUGAAGUGCCUGAAGAUAUUGGAGUGGCUUAUAUACCAGUCGAAAGAACUGGAGAUGUGACUGUUGAACACAAAGUCAGAUUUGUACUCAAGGAGGGUACUGCAACGCCAAUACUUGACCACGCUGGUAUUACCCCCGUGUCCAAUGAGCUGGUGUUUACCGAAGGGGAGACAACCAAGAAAAUUGGCGUUCUGAUCGCCGACGACAAGCUUAUUGAGGGCCCGGAAACAUUUGGCUUUGAGCUCAUGUCUGAUGACCCUCGUGUGACUAUUGUACGCAAGACCUCAACCGUCACUAUUAUUGAUAAUGAUGCGGCUAUUGGCUUGUAUCCAGAGUCCAUAACUGUGCCAGAAGAUGUUGGCAAGGUGUCUGUCGUUGUAAACAGAACUGGCGAUACCAGUGUUCGACACACGUUUAGCCUUGAAUUCAUCGACAUUACCGCUGAGAAAGGAUCUGAUUACGUGGUGCCAUCUGUUGUUGAGGCAUUUGAAGCAGGAGAAACGUCUAAGCCUGUGAUGAUCCCUAUCAACGAGGAUAAAAUAGUGGAAGAUACCGAGACUUUUAAACUUCUGCUGAGUAGCAUUGAGCCUACUGUUACCGUCAUCUCCAACCAAACAAUCGUCAACAUCAUUGAUGACGACGCUGCUAUCGGAUUUUCUUUACCUUCCUACAUUUUCCCUGAAAGCGUCGGCGAUGCUUCAAUCUCCGUGAUCAGAAACGGCAAAACGGACCGUACACAUUUAGUCAGGUACAUCAUCAUGGGUGGAUCAGCAACGCCCGAUUUCGACUUCAUUAUUCCUAAUGCAUCCGAGCUCAUAUUCAGUCCUGGAGACUGGGUGAAGUACAUCAAGGUGCCCAUUAUCGAUGACAAACUGGUGGAGAACACGGAGAGGUUCACCAUAAAACUUGACAUCACUGAUCCAGGUGUGGACCGCAUCGGGCCAGAAGUCGGUACCGUGGAUAUCAUUGAUGACGACGCUGUGAUAGGAUUCAAGCUUGAGGCAAUCACUGUACGCGAGGAUAUCGGAGUUGCCCGCAUCCCUGUUCAGAGGACUGGAGACAUAACCGCCACUCAUACUGUCCAAGUAACACCGAUUGACGUAACAGCUGAGACGGGUGUGGACUUUUUACGCCCUAAUCUCGAUCUCACAUUCAGCCCUGGUGUCCUUGAGCUUGAUAUUGAUGUCACGAUAAUCAACGAUAAUCUUGUUGAGUUCCCCGAAAUGUUCAAGCUCAUUCUCAGUAGCACGGAUCCCAGAAUAACAACACUCCCAGACACAGCCAACGUCACAAUAGCCGACAAUAAUGUUCAAGUUGGCUUCGAGCUCAUUGAACAGACUAUCGUGGAGGACGCCCAAGUUGCUCACAUCGCUGUCAUUCGAUCUGGAGACCUGUCUUUGCCUAGUAUUGUCAAGUUCUCCACCGUUCCUGGGUCAGCCUCUACACCUGGAGACUACACUCAAGUUACAGACAAAGUUUUGAACUUUGACGUGGAGGAGACAAGGAUCGUAGUAUCAGUACCCAUCGUCGAUGACGCCCUUGUAGAGCCUACUGAGACGUUCUACGCGACACUCACUACCGCUGACAACAGAGUUACACUAGGGCCUGAAAAUACCACCGUGUAUAUCCUCGAUAAUGAUGUGAAUGAGUGCGACUCUGAACCUUGCCAAAAUGGAGGAUCGUGCACCGACAUGGGUAACUACUAUCAGUGCGCAUGCGUACCAGGAUUCAGCGGUGUGAACUGUGAAAUCAAUGAUGACAACUGCGAGAGCAACCCAUGCAAGAACGGUGCUACAUGUGAGGACGGGGUAAACUCGUACCAGUGCAAGUGCGCUCCUGGCUGGACUGGACCCACAUGCGAGAACAAUGUGAACGAGUGCAUGUCUGCUCCUUGUAAAAACGGGGCCACUUGUGUGGACGGCAUCAAUAGCUACACUUGCCAGUGCGCUGUAGGAUACACAGGAGUCAACUGCGAAACAAACCCCGAUGACUGUCACCCCAACCCUUGCCAAUACGGAGGCACCUGCGUCGAUGGGCUGGACGACUUUACCUGCUUGUGUGUUCCGGGAACUACUGGGAAAAUCUGCCAUAUAAAUAUCAAUGAAUGCAACAGCAAUCCUUGCCGCAAUAACGGCACGUGUGUGGAUGGCAUUAAUGGUUUUACCUGUCGUUGUCUUGAGGGAUAUAUUGGUGCCCAUUGUGAAGUUGAUGUUAACUACUGCGACUCCGAGCCAUGUAUGAACAACGCAACGUGCGUCGAUGAACAAGACGGCUUUACGUGUAUCUGCGCCCCUGGAUACACAGGACCAACUUGCGAUGGCGAUAUUGACGAAUGUGCUUUCAAUCCUUGCCUGAACGGGGCUGAAUGUAUUAACUUGGAAAAUGGCUUCGAGUGCGUAUGCCUUCCAGGAUACACUGGAAAACGCUGUGGAAUCGACAUCGAUGACUGCACACCAUCGCCCUGCAUAAAUGGUGGUCGCUGCAUUGACCAAGUGAACGACUAUGAAUGCCAAUGUUUACCUGGCUUUGUUGGAGACAAUUGCGAAACAAAUGUUGAUGACUGUGCGGACAAUCCAUGUCUGAAUGGUGCCACAUGCAUCGAUGGGGUAAACGACUACUACUGCGUGUGUGCUAUUGGCUAUUACUCAAAGAACUGCGAGCACAAAACAUCCACAUGCACAGAUUGCACUUGUGAGAAUGGAGGAACCUGUGGUGUGUCUUCUGUGUACGGUCAUUGGUUCUGUGUUUGUCCGAAAGGAUUCAAAGGAGAGCGCUGUGAAAUUGCCGAUAACGGCUGCGCAACCAAGCCUUGUCAGAACGGAGGUAGCUGCUGCCAGGACCCAGUUAAAGGUUAUAGCUGUAUCUGCCGGGAAGGUUUUACUGGAAAGAACUGUGAGAUUGGUGAAGCAGCUGGAAAUACGUGCACCUCAAAACAGAUUCUCAAGAACCACGAACAAGGCAUCCCUGCCUUUUCCCAGCUCUGGAGGCGCUUCCCAAGAUACACAGAUAUGGAUUCUCAUCACUUGGUGGACUCCUGCGAUCUCGCCAGCAACUACUACAGCAAACAAACGCCAGCUUUGCGGCUCGUGUACGGCAUGAUUCAAUCAGGGUAUUCCUUCUCGAUCAGAAGAGGUCAGUGCAACUGGUCUGGUGCUGUAUCCAUCCGUAAAGUGAAGACCAAAGUGGUGCGAAAACAAACAACUAAAGUGAUCACCAAGAAGACAAAGUACUCACAUGUCAAGGGCUUUAGGAAAGGAAACAAAUACGGAAAAGCGUGGGGUAAAGGCAAAUGGAGCGGCUUUGGUAAAGGAUUUGAUUGGAAGAAGGGCAAAGGCUACAAGGGCAAGAAUCACAAGAAAUACAAAGGCAGGAAAUAUGGAUAUAAGCGUAGUCGGCGAGACACUUCCGAAGGAGAAACGGAAGACAAUGAUGAUGAUGAUGUCAGCGAUGACGAUGUUAGCGGUGACAAAGGAAGUGGCGGCAAGAAGAACAAAGAAAGCAAGUAUAACAAGAAACACAAAGGAAGUGGAGACGAUGAUGAUGAUUAUGAUGACGAUGAUGACGAUGUUAGUGGUGACAAGGGAAGUGGCGGCAAGAAGACCAAAGAAAGCAAGUAUUCCAAGAAACACAAAGAAAGUGGAGACGAUGAUGACGAUGUUAGUGGUGAUAAAGGAAGUGGCGCCAAGAAGAACAAAGGAAGCAAGGGCAAAGGAAAAGGAAACAAGAAGUACGGCAAACAUGCUAAGAAGUAUGAAUCGUUAAAGAGUGAGAAGACCAUCGUGACUUCCCACUACUACAAGGAGAAGUCUUACCACAAGAAGUACAUCACGCAAGUGCAAACACUCAAGUGCUACUUCCGGACGAUCCUUGGCAAGCCCAACAUCAUCUCCACCAGGAAACAAGACUUCAUUGGCCACAAGGGCAUCAUCAUCUUCGAGCAGUGCACCCGUGAGCUCAAGCACGGCCACGUGGACCUGUGGGAUGGCAAGCAGUGCGCUGGAUACUGUUUCUUCAAUAGAUGCAAGAAGGUUAUGCUAUACUGCUUGGCUUAAGCCCACCGACCCACUAACGACCACCAAACUAAAAAAAUACACAGGCUAUGAAAGCAAACUGAAGCAGGCGGAUCAAGAUGCCAUUAACAUUAGUAUAGAAUAAGUCAGGGAUCAAACUCAAUAAAACAAAUCAUACAUAACAAUCAAAGCUUAUGAAAUAACUAACUUUAUUUCAUUCUUGUAUUCUAAUAUCAGCUUUGCCUUUUAAGAAUGUUUCUCAUGCAUUUAACAGUUUUAAAUGCAUUCCAUUGUUGUACGGAACUUUAAUGCCUUCGUUUAAGUGACUGGCUUCAGUUAGUUUUCAAAGCUAGGUGUGAAGAAGAUUCGAAUUUCAGAAUUGUAGUAAUUUAACCAAAGAAUUAAAUAAAAGCAUAAGUAUAUCA